UGGGCGCAUCGAAGUUCGGACACAGUUCCUUUCCUUGAGAACAUUCUCCACCCGGUGCUGCCGUUCUCUGCGUCGGUCAUACAUAGUAAACGUCUACGCCAGCGGCGACAUUGACUGAACGAAAAGUGGACGAGUUUCAUUUGGUUUGCAAGUCGUGUGAUUUCGGAUAUGUCAUCAUCAAGCAUUUUCUUCCAAGCUCACACCCAAUCCUCAUUGCAUGACAAGUAGCCAGCCGUCUUUCUUUCCAACUUCUGCUUUGGACCAUGCAGCAGCAGGACUGGGUGCUGGCAUUGUCGCAGUGCUUUGCAUGCAGCCCCUGGACUUGCUCAAGGUGAAGUUUCAAGUCUCAACUGAGAACCCUCGAGGUGGUGCCGGGAGGCAAAUAUGGAAUUCUUUGAAAGAAAUUAAAGUACAGCAAGGAUGGAGAGGUCUAUAUCGUGGUCUGGGGCCGAACGUUGCGGGUAAUGCCUCCAGCUGGGGUCUCUACUUCCUCUUCUAUGACAUGCUGAAAAAACGCGCCGCCGGGGAUGACCCCAACUUUCGCAUGUCUGCUGGAUCGUACCUGCUCUGUUCGGCACAAGCAAGCGCCGUAACUGCUAUAUUGACCAAUCCAAUAUGGGUCGUCAAAGUUCGCAUGUUUACCUCUCGUCCCGAUUCUCCGAAUUCCUACAGGGGUCUAUGGCACGGCUUGUCGAGUGUAUGGCGCACAGAGGGCAUGACUGGUCUUUGGAAGGGCACCUCGCUUGCCCUUGUCGGGGUCAGCAAUGGGGCCGUCCAGUUUAUGGCAUAUGAAGAGAUGAAACGGUGGGGUUUCGAACGAAAACGAAGGCAAUUCAUGAAAGCCGGAAGGACUAUGACUCCGGAGGACGACAAGCUCUCCAACACCGCCUAUACCGUCAUGUCAGGUGCAAGCAAGCUUUUUGCUCUUGGGAUAACAUAUCCGUACCAAGUUAUCCGGUCGCGAAUACAAAACAACGCUACGCAGCACUUAUACCCAGAUAUCCUUACUACCGUCAAGCGGACCUGGAAAGGGGAAAGUGUCAGGGGCUUUUACAGGGGCUUGGGCACUAACCUUGUUCGCGUCCUUCCUGGAACGUGUGUUACGUUCGUUAUCUACGAGAACUUGGCUUGGCUGCUCCGCACAACUGCUGCGCGACGGCAAGCCCUUGCCGGUACUCCAGGUUUUACAUCAUAGUUUCAAUUUAUUGGUCUGUUGACGGUAGCAUACCCCC